CAAGUCCUGUCAUCGGAGUCCUCGGAUGUCACGAUACAGGGCUUCAAGUCGCCAUAAACCUUCUAGAAACCAGUCACACUACCAAAACCGCACCAACUGCAUCCUAUUUCAGUCGUCGCAUGCCUAGUGCGCCAUCUUCAACAAGGUUGUUAGUGCUGACUACUCACGGGCGGCCGAAAUUGCCUCAACUUGCGGGGAAGACGGAGCAUCCAACGACGAAUCAACGUAGUUCAAGUCCAGAAACCAAAAGGUGAGCCGGGGGGAGAUAAUGCCAUGUCUAAUGUACAUUGACUCAAAGAUAUGGCGUUUCAUGUACUCAUUCGUAUUAUCAAGCUAUGACUAACACUUUUGAUCUCAUUAGAUAACGGCAGUCAACCUGUCCCAGGCUGUCUGCUGUAGGCCAUGCGGUCUAAGCAUCAGAUAUUCAUCACUGUUCCUAUCCCGAGCCGUGUGCCGCCGGAAAUCGUCCUCGCUCACAUCCAGACCUACACGCCUAUGCUGGCCAACAACGAUGUUAUUAUGAGCUUCAAAGAGACGACUCCCAACGUGGAGCUCGUCAGCAGAGAUCCGUUCUUUGGGACGCCGAAUAGCAGCGUGAGGACGUUUUCUUCCAGUGAGAGACUCAUGCUAGCGCCGGGUCUGACGAGGGAUAGGAGCUGGCCUGUGACGUGCCUGAGUAUACCGAAUGGUAUUCGCUGUAGAGCUGAUGCUAAGGCUGGUGUUACUGUGAGGACGGAGUGGAUUGUGAGGCCGAGGCAGGAGUUUGGGAGUAGUCCAAGCACUAGCAGCCCGGGAACUUUGGCGGAGGAGUGGGAGUUGUAUGAGGAGGUUAUCAUUGAGGCGAAUAGUCUUCUCAUGCCAUUUGUUGCGAGGACUGCUGAUGAGGUUCAUAGAGGGAUCUGUCAGAAGGUUGUGGAUGAGGUGGUGAACAAAUAUUUAGCCAAUGGUACUCAUUGAUGAAUUAUAAUAACAUAUACCUACCUAUUGAUUAAUACUGAUCAACGAAGUUAUCC